UUGGUUUUGCGUAAGUUAUUUUAUUGAAGAAUUUGAAAUAUAUUUUUGAUAAUUUUUAAAAUAGAAUACAUGAUCGUGAUCCACGUUAUUAUGCUGAUGGCGAAGAUGCUUUUUCUAUGAGACGUGAACUUACAUCACAUAGUAAAGCAUAA